AUGGAUGAAAAGGGAUCAGUUAUCAGAAACAAGGCAAGACUGGUGUGUAAAGGUUACUCUCAGCAGGUUGGUAUUGAUUAUGAUGAAACUUUUGCUCCAGUUGCAAGAAUGGAAUCCAUUAAAAUGCUUUUAUCUUUUGCCUAUCACAAACAGGUCAAAGUAUACCAAAUGGAUGUCAAGUCUGCUUUUCUUAAUGGAGAUCUCAAUGAAAAAUUUCUAAUUUUGCAAAUCUAUGUUGAUGAUAUCAUGGUUUGUGGCCCAGACACCUCAUUAGCUUCAGAAUUUGCUAAUCUCAAGAAGACAACUUUUGAAAUGUCACUUUUGGGGACUCUCAGAUACUUUUUAGGCUUGCAAAUUACUCAAACAUCCACUGGAUUCUUCAUCUCUCAGUCAAUCAUUGGUAGUUUGCUGUAUCUUACUGCUUCAAGGCCUGAUAUAAUGUAUUUACCUUCUCAGAUGCUGAUUGGGGUGGAUCUUUACCUGACAGAAAAAGUACAUCUAGUUGCUGUUAUGUUGUUGGUUCCAAUGUAG